CGGCCUUCUUCGCUGCUUUACCGCUAACCUUGGGGGGCAUUCUGAGACUUGGAGUAAAUCUGAGAUUACUAGGCAAAUACCAGUGACGGUUGUUAGUCUGGCGAGGGUAUUUAUUUCAUAUCUUGUUCACCCUCUUUACCUGACAGAAGCAAAUUCUUCCGACCCGAGGACCAAUAGGGUAGCCCCAGCAGUGGGACCCAGCAGUGGGACAGAUGUUCCGUGUUCCAGCGCAGAAGGAGGAGGAGCUUCUGGUAGUUAACACAAUCUUCCUUGUGUUACACGAAAUAAUGGCGGGAAUAUGUUUUACAGCUGCUCUUCCGAUUGGUUUAAAAUGGUCUCACUGUGUUCACCAUCAAUCCGAUCCUGGAACCGCGUUCACUUACUCUACAUCUCAACAUGUCUGGCCGUGGCAAAGGAGGCAAAGUCAAGGGAAAGUCAAAGACCCGUUCCAGCAGGGCCGGACUUCAAUUCCCCGUCGGUCGUAUCCACCGAAUGCUCCGCAAAGGAUCGUAUGCUGAGCGCGUCGGUGCCGGUGCCCCCGUCUACUUGGCUGCCGUCAUGGAGUACUUGGCCGCUGAGGUCCUCGAGUUAGCCGGUAACGCCGCCCGUGACAACAAGAAGACCCGCAUCAUCCCUCGUCACUUGCAAUUGGCCAUCCGCAACGACGAAGAGUUGAACAAACUUCUCUCCGGUGUCACCAUCGCUCAGGGUGGUGUCUUGCCCAACAUCCAGGCCGUUCUCUUGCCCAAGAAGACCGACAAACCCGCCAAGGCUUAAACUUCUCCCGUCCUUAAAUAAACGGCCCUUUUCAG